CUUUUGCCAGAUCUUAUUUUUAUUUAGGAAUUUCACAGAGGGGGAAAGUAUAGCAGUAGUUUUUCGUACGUAAACGGGAUAGGUUGCUCUCCAAAUUGUUAGGAGUUCACUUUCAGACUGAGCAGUUUAUUUGGAGGAAGAGUCCUGGGUUUCUUUGCCUCCGCCAGAGUCCCUGCGGUGCACGGAUUACAAUGCAAAGGAUUUUGGAGGUUUGGGUCACCUUGGUGACAGUUUGUGCGCUAACCGAGCGGGUCUUUGGAGGAUACGGGCUCAGCAUGUUUGCUGCACAGUCGUCCCCUCCGGACCCGUGCUAUGAUGAGAACGGGAACCCUCGGAGGUGCAUCCCCGACUUCGUCAACUCCGCUUUCGGGAAGGACGUGCGCGUGUCCAGCACCUGCGGCAACCCGGCCGCCAGGUACUGUGUGGUGACCGAGAAAGGCGAGGAGAGGACGCGGGACUGUCACACGUGCGACGCCGGGGACCCCAAGAAGUCCCAUCCACCUGCGUACUUAACGGACCUCAACAAUCCGCACAACCUCACCUGCUGGCAGUCUGAAAACUACGUGCAGUACCCGCAGAACGUCACGCUCACCUUGUCGCUGGGGAAAAAGUUUGAGGUCACCUAUGUGAGCCUGCAGUUCUGCUCACCCAGACCGGAGUCCAUGGCGAUCUACAAGUCCAUGGACUACGGAAAGUCGUGGGUGCCGUUUCAGUUUUACUCCACUCAGUGCAAGAAAAUGUACAACAGGCAGAAUAAAGCAGCAAUAACGAAGCAGAACGAGCAGGAGGCCAUCUGCACGGACUCCCACACGGACAUGCACCCUCUGACAGGUGGACUCAUCGCCUUCAGCACCCUGGACGGCAGACCGUCCGCGCACGACUUCGACAACUCCCCGGUGCUGCAGGACUGGGUGACGGCCACCGACAUCAAGGUGAUCUUCAGCCGGCUUCACACUUUCGGAGACGAGAACGAGGACGACUCGGAGCUGGCCCGAGACUCCUACUUUUAUGCCGUGUCGGACCUGCAAGUCGGGGGACGGUGCAAGUGCAACGGGCACGCGUCGAAGUGCGUCAAGGACAGAGAGGGGAAUCUGGUUUGUGAGUGCAAACACAACACGGCGGGACCGGAGUGCGACAGGUGCAAACCUUUCCACUAUGACCGACCAUGGCAGCGCGCCACGGCCCGGGAAGCCAACGAGUGUGUCGCCUGCCACUGUAACCUGCACGCCCGCCGCUGUCGUUUCAACAUGGAGCUGUACAAGCUGUCGGGGCGGAGAAGUGGCGGCGUCUGCCUCAACUGUCGCCACAACACGGCGGGACGCCACUGCCAUUACUGCAAGGAGGGUUACUACAGGGACAUGACCAAGUCCAUUUCUCACCGGAGGGCUUGCAAAGCAUGUGAUUGCCAUCCGGUUGGAGCAGCAGGGAAGACGUGUAACCAGACAACAGGACAAUGUCCCUGCAAGGACGGAGUGACGGGAAUCACCUGUAACCGCUGUGCCAAAGGCUACCAGCAGAGCCGCUCUCCCAUCGCCCCCUGCAUCAAGAUCCCAGUUGCAUCUCCAACAGCAACUUACACCAGCUACGAGGAGCCGUCAGAUUGCGAGUCUCACUGUAAAGCUUCGAAGGGAAAGAUGAAGAUCACGAUGAAGAAGUACUGUAAAAAAGACUACGCGGUCCAAGUGCACGUGCUAAAAGGGGACAAGGCCGGCGAGUGGUGGAAGUUCACCGUCAACAUCAUCUCCGUCUACAAACAAGGUGAGCACCGCAUCCGCCGCGGGGACCAGCUGCUGUGGGUGCGCGCCAAAGACGUGGCCUGCAAGUGCCCCAAGAUCAAGCCUGGGAGGAAGUACCUGCUCCUGGGUACAGACGACGACUCCCCCGGGCAGAGCGGCGUGGUGGCGGACAAGGGGAGCCUGCUCAUCCCCUGGAAGGACCUGUGGGGCCGCCGGCUGAGGAAGUUCCAACAGCGUGACAAGAGGGGGAAGUGCUAAAAGUUGGCGAAGAGGAGAGAUUGAGGGCGAGGAGGAGGCAUAAUAUCGUCUCCGGAUUGCGAGGAAGAGGAGAGGAUGAAUGAAAACAUAAACUGGAAGAAUAAAAGAUAGAAAGACACAGGUGAAAAGUAGGAGAGAUGGGGGAUUGACUGAGUGCUGCUGCUCUGAGUCGGAGCGAAGAGAUUAGUGUUUUUUAGGAACUUUCGUGAAGGAGCUCAUUCUACAUUUGUUCUGUCUCUGUUCGUCUUUCAAGGUUUGUUUUGUGUAAUUGCAGAGUUUGCACCUAAUGUUACAGAUAUGUCACGCCCUGACGAUUUUACCCAUGAUGCCGCUGUUUUUUUAGAGUCCCUUAUUUAGAUGUUUUAACCCCUUGAAACCUGGAUCGACACCAGAAUCUUGUGUUACGUUUGAACGCCUUUAACAAGUGCUUGAACCUUUUAAA